AUGCUAGUGCGCUUACACUAUUUCCACGUUAAAGAGGACAUUAUGAGAGCAAGCAGACAAUGCCAGUCCCUCCCAGAGCCGCAUCAGAGAACAACAAUUUACGCAGACAUUUCAGCCGCAACACUGAAGAAGAGAAAGACCUUUGCGGCCAUCACAGAACAACUGCAGCAACAUAAGAAGCCAUACCGAUGGGGAUUCCUGGUAAAGCUGCUCAUCUCCCAUGAAGGUACAAUAACUGCUAUCCAUACCCCUGAAGCUGGCCUAAAAGUUCUCCAGGAGUGGGGAAUACUGCCACCAACCUCCACAACAACAACAACGGACUGCAGCGGGUCCACACCAACAUGGCGAAAAGUGCCCAGACGCAGGUAG